AUGCCUCGAGACUCCAAAGGCAAGAACAAAAAAUGGUCAAAACAUAAAGGAAAAGACUACGGAAGAUCAAAGCUUGAAAAGCUCCAAGAACUUGCCGCUAAAAGAGGCGUAGAAGUCUGGGAGAUCGACCCUAACGAAAUUUCUUCUGGCGAUGAGUCAGAAGAAGAGGAAGGGAUAAAUGAGGCAGAAGAACACGAAGAGGAAGAAACCAAAACUCCUCAGGAAGAAAAUAAAAAAGUAGAACAAGAAGACAGCGACGAAGAAGAAGACAAAUAUGAAGGAGAAGUUGUGGUCGGACAUCAAGGACUCAUGGAAAUAUCUAACCCAAACAGAGCAAGAGGAAUACCUAAAUCUUGGGAUCCUCCACAAGAAAGCGGAAAUAGAAGAGGAGGGUAUAAAGGACAAGAAGAAGGGAAAAGCAAAGGGCCAAAAGUUAGUAAAUCUGAUAAAGAAAGACUUGAAGAAAUAAGAGCAAGAAGAGACGCAGCAUCGAAACAAAGAGAAGAAAAUAAGAAAAAACAAGAAAAGCUUAAAGAAGAGGCUUCGAACAAGUUUAAGAAAAAAUAA